AUCCGAUCCGAUCGUUUGAAGCGCGACCCCAAAAAUCCAUCAACAUUCAGUUCGUCUACGUUUACAACAGCUCCGCGCCCCACGCUGCCUCCUCGUACCGCUCCGCCGUCGCCCCCUUUGCGCCCUACGCAGCCGAGCGGACGUCCCACCCCCACUCCCGUCCUCAUCCUCCGCCCCAGGAGUUGCUGCCCUCGGAUACCGAACAGCUAGCCGACGAAGAGGAAGAGGAGGAGCCGGAGACCGAGGAGGAGAGAGCAGGUAGCAGCGGACCCUCCGUCAAGCCCCUGAUCGCGAUCGCAGGACCAGCACCAGCAACAACAACAACAAUACCAGCCAGCCAGCCGGAAGCCGCCAGGCAGGAAACAGCGAUCAAGGAAGGACUAGAAACUAGCAUGGCGGUGGCGCGAAAGAAGCAGGACGACAAGUACCUGCUCGCCCUGCGCGAGCUGGUCACCAGCGGGACGGGGGGUAACCGGCAGUGCUUCGACUGCGGCCAGAAGGGACCGACCUACGUGAACAUGACGAUCGGCUCCUUUGUCUGCACCCGCUGCUCCGGAGUUCUACGAGGCCUGACGCCACCACAUCGUGUGAAAUCCAUUUCCAUGGCCACAUUCACCCAGGACGAGAUCGACUUCCUGCGGACACACGGCAACGAGCUGUGCGCCAAGACCUGGCUGGGUCUGUGGGAUCCCAAGCGGGCCGUCCACCAGCAGGAGCACCGCGAGCUGAUGAUCGACAAGUACGAGCGGAAGCGGUACUACCUGGAGCCGGCCAGUCCCCUCAAGUCGCUGGCCAAUGCGGUGAACCUCAAGUCGGCGCCUCAAGUGCAACAGAACGGCCACCACAACGGAUACGCCAGCAUCCAUCUGACGCCCCCGGCGUCCCAGCGCACCACGGCGAACGGCCUGCAGAAGAUGUCCCACUCCUCCAACUCCUCCUCCGGCAGCUCGGCGUCCAUCAGCAGGCCGACCCACCACCACCACCACCACAAUCACAGCAGCAGCAACAACAACCACGACGCCUUCGGGCUGACCGGUGGCCUGAGCAGUCUCAACAGCGCCGGGUCCACGUCCACAGGCGCCCUCUCGGACACGAGCAGCUGUGCCAGCAACGGCUUCGGCGGGGAUUCGGAUUUCGUGGCCGACUUUGGCUCGGCCACCAUAUUCGAUGCCACCUCGGCGCGCUCGGCGGGAUCGCCGGCUGUGUCCUCGGUGUCGUCCGUGGGCUCCAGCAACGGGUAUGCCAAGGUGCAGCCUCUGCGGGCGGCCCAUCUCCAGCAGCAGCAGCAGCAACAGCAGCAGCUCCUUAAUGGGAAUGGACACCAGGGAUCGGAGAACUUUGCGGACUUUGAUCAUGCUCCCAUCUUCAAUGCAGGAGCUCCAACUAUUCACAAUUGGGUCAGCGAUUGGAGCAGGCGCGGCUUCCACGAUCCCUUCGACGAUUGGGACGAGUCGCCGCCGCCUCAGGUCUCAAGUCCGCCUCCAGUGCCAGCUUCAGCUCCAGCUCCAGGUGCUGUUUCGCUUCCAGUUUCUUCAGUAGCCUCGCCACUGGCCACCGUGCGGGAGGAGCCAGAGUUGGCGUGGAACUUCUGGCAGGAGGAGAUGCAGGUGGAGCCGGAAGAGCAAGAUUCCAACUACUCCUUUUUCCAAAGCACUCCCACAAGCUCCUCCAGCUUUGGAGAAGCGCCCGCGUUGCCCCUGUCGCCCUCGAAUCCCUUCCUGCCCUACCUCCUCAACCAAGAGCCGCAGCAGCCACAACACGUCCAGGAGCAGCCGCUCUCCUCCGCCUCCUACUCGUAUCUGUUGUUCAGCUCGAUCUCGAACCACGCGCCAGAAGAGGCUCCCCGGGCGGAGGACGAAGAGUCGAAUGUCCUAAAUGCCAAUUUCCAUGAUUCCUUUACUUGGAGUGCACCUUUACAGAACGGCCACGCGACUAGUCCGCCGAAGAACGGCAGCAUGGCACCUAGCGAGGAUCGAUAUGCCGCUCUCAAGGACCUCGACGAGCAGCUGCGGGAGCUAAAGGCCAGCGAGACCAGCUCGGAGGCGCCCACGCCCACUAAUGGCAACGGAAUCCAAGAUGCUUUCGGCAGCGCCGCCAUCCUCAACAACAAUCCAAAUCCCUUCAAGGGCCAGCAGCAGCUCAGCAGCCACGUGGUGAAUCCAUUCCAGCAGCAGCAGCAGCAACAGAAUCUCUACGGCCAGUUGACGCUCAUACCAAAUGCCUACGGCAGCAGUCCCCAGCAGCCCCCGAACGGCCUCCAGAUGGGCCAUCUUCUCCAGCAGCAGCAGCAUCAGCCUCAGUCCCAGACGAGUUUCUUUAAUUUUAACAACAACGGGUUCGCCAUGUCGCAGGGCCUGCCCAAUGGAUGUGGCUUCGGCAGCAUGCAGCCGGCUCCGGUGAUGGCCAACAAUCCCUUUGCAGCCAGCGGCGCCAUGAACACCAACAAUCCAUUUUUAUGAGACCCGACGCGGAACAAUUCGCCCCUCGCCGAGUGGCUGAGGCGCUGAGCCAGCGAACAAAAAGCGGAUUCGGAUGGAGGCCUACCGUUCUCCUCCUCCCCGCCCGGAGGAGGCGCUGCGAGGGAACCGAACCGAAAUUAGUCCAUUUAACGAACAAUAGCAUUAAUCUAUAUACAUAAUACACGCCGGAGAGCACUGUACUCCGUGUACAUAACCCGAAUAUGUACACGCCGCAAGCUCCGUGCCGCUCCGUGCCGUUCCAGCCGGCUCUUGACGAACAGUAGUAGUGCGCGGAUGGGUGGCGUCGAUAUAUUCUUUUAUAAUGGUAACUCUAUUCUAAUGUUAACGGAUGCGGAUAAAUGUAUAUGCCGUGCUCCCCUAGAACUCUCUUCUUGUACUAAGCCCACACACACUCCCAAAACUCGAACUACUAACCUAGUGGCCCGAGCUGG